AUGAGCGACUCUGGGCCUCGGAGGGAGCAGUACACUGUAGGAUGNGUGUGCGCCCUGCCGACCGAAGCGGCAGCUGCUCAGGCAAUGCUGGACGAAGAGUACCCUAGCCUGCCGUCAAAGAAUACUCAUGAUUCAAAUGUGUACGUCUUCGGACGUGUAUGCAAUCAUAAUAUCGUUAUUGCAACCCUCCCAAACGGUUCCUACGGUACGACUUCCGCUGCGACCACAGCNAAAGAGAUGCUGCUCGGUUUUCCUAGCAUUCGAUUCGGUCUACUUGUUGGCAUCGGUGGUGGCAUUCCUAGUGAAGAGAAAGAUAUCAGACUUGGGGAUGUUGUCGUUAGCAAACCUCAAGGCACUAUUGGUGGUGUUCUGCAAUUUGACCUUGGCAAAGAGACCAACGCAGGUUUCGAGAGGACCGGGUCACUGAACAGGCCACCCGACGCUUUGCUCAAAGCGAUCGCACUACUCGAAUCCAGGCAUGCUCUGCGUCGCUCGAUAGACGUGCCCAGAUAUAUAUCGGAAGCCUACAAGAAGUUUCCGGAGUACGAAGCCAAACAUCCAGGCCUCGAGCAAGAUCGUUUGUUUGAGGCAGCGUACGACCACACNCCUGUGCAAGCUCUCACCUGUCAGCGUUGUGACAUUGAUCGGCUUGUUGCUCGCGAUCGCCGAAAUACUCAGAACCCUGUCAUACAUUAUGGUCUCAUCGGCUCCGGUAACCGAGUUGUCAAGAACAGUCAUAAGAGAGAUCUGCUUGGACAGCAAAACAUAUUGUGUGUUGAGAUGGAGGCUGCCGGCCUGAUGAACGAUUUCNNCCCCUGUCUUGUGAUUCGAGGAAUCUGCGAUUACAGCGAUUCGCACAAGAACAAGCGCUGGCAGCCAUAUGCCGCAUUAGCGGCGGCAGCAUACGCGAAGGAGUUGCUCAGCACAAUUCCAGUCCUUGAGGUCGAAGCAAUCCCAACAGCUCUUGUCGUGCUUCGAGAAAGUUAG